AUGCUGCUGCGGAGCUUCUGUUUGUACUUUCAUGUCAAAGAUCUAUUACUCUCUCCCAUCUACACAUUCUCCCGCCGAAUAUCUAUUUCUCCAUCAUCCAACUUGAAAACACUGUGUUCCAAUGGCCAAUUGAAUGAAGCAUUGCUGCAAAUGGCAAUUUUGGGCUCUGAAAUGAAGUUCGAAGGUUACGAUACGAUCUUGAACCAAUGCGUUAGCCAAAGGGCUAUUAGAGAAGGCCAAAGAGUUCAUGCCCAUAUGAUCAAAACUUGUUAUUUGCCUCCGGUUUACCUCAGGACGAGGCUGAUUGUGUUGUACAACAAGUGCGAUUGUUUGGGUGAUGCACGGGAAGUGUUCGAUGAAAUGCCCCUCAGAAAUGUGGUUUCUUGGACCGCGAUGAUUUCGGCUUAUUCGCAGAGAGGGUUUGCCUCUCAAGCCUUGAAUCUCUUUGUGGCAAUGUUAAGAUCAGGUACAGAACCAAACGAGUUCACUUUUGCUACCAUACUUACUUCUUGCAUAGGUAGUUUGGGAUUUCAAAUUGGUAGACAAAUUCAUUCCAUCGUCAUUAAAAGAAACUAUGAGUCCCAUAUGUUUGUUGGAAGUUCACUUCUUGAUAUGUAUGCAAAGUCUGGGAGAGUCCAUGAAGCUCAUGGAGUUUUCCAAAGCUUGCCCGAACGAGAUGUCGUUGUGUGUACUGCUAUCAUCUCUGGCUAUGCUCAAAUGGGUCUUGAUGUAGAAGCAUUGAAGCUAUUCCGUCAGCUCCAAAGUGAAGGAAUGCAUUCAAAUUAUGUAACUUAUGCUAGUGUCUUAACUGCUCUAUCCGGACUUGCUGCGCUAAAUCAUGGCAAGCAGGUCCACAACCAUGUCCUUCGGUCUGGACAGUCUUUGAAUGUGGUUCUCCUGAAUUCUCUAAUCGAUAUGUACUCAAAAUGCGGUAACGUCUGCUACGCUAGGAGGAUUUUCGAUCACAUGUCUGAGAGAACUUGUAUAUCAUGGAAUGCGAUGCUCGUUGGAUAUAGUAAACAUGGCAUGGGGGGAGAGGUGCUCGAACUUUUUAAAUUGAUGAGAGAAGAAAAUAAAGUUAAACCUGACAGCAUCACGUAUUUGGCUGUUUUAUCUGGUUGUAGUCAUGGACAACUAGAACAUAAGGGGCUUGAAAUAUUUUACAACAUGGCUGAUGGAAAGGAUGGGAUUGAACCAGAUAUUGAGCAUUAUGGUUGUGUUGUUGAUUUACUUGGACGUGUUGGCAGAAUAGAAGAGGCUUUUGAUUUUAUAAGAAAGAUGCCUUAUGUGCCAACGGCUGCUAUUUGGGGAUCGCUGUUAGGUUCGUGUCGAGUCCACUCGAACGUCGACAUCGGCAUAAUUGUGGGUCAGAAGCUUCUAGAAAUAGAGCCUGAGAAUGCAGGUAACUAUGUUAUUCUCUCAAAUUUGCAUGCUUCUGCAGGCAAAUGGGAAGAUAUGAGAAAUAUAAGGGACCUGAUGCAAGAGAAAGCUGUGAUAAAGGAGCCAGGUCGCAGUUGGGUAGAGCUUGAUCAGAUUGUUCAUACGUUCCAUGCAAGUGAUCACACUCAUCCAAGAAGGGAGGAGGUGGCGAGGAAGGUGAAAGAAUUAGCCAUUAAAUUCAAGGAAGAGGGUUAUGUUCCUAACUUGAGUUGUGUGUUGUAUGAUGUGGAUGAAGAACAGAAAGAGAAGGUACUUCUAGGCCACAGUGAAAAGCUAGCUAUGGCAUUUUGGUUGAUUGCUGCUCCUGAAGGAGCAACGAUCCGAGUCAUAAAAAACCUCCGAGUUUGCGUCGAUUGCCAUAGUUUUGCCAAAUUUGUGUCGAAGCUUUACGCAAGAACGAUAAUCCUAAGGGACAAAAACCGGUUCCAUAAUAUAGUUGGGGGAAUAUGUUCUUGUGGAGAUUACUGGUAAAAGCUUCCAAGUUAGAAAUAGGAAUGACUUCUCAUCUCUGCUACUACUAAGAUUGCAACUAUGCUGCAGGCCAGAACACAUGAACUGAAGUAGCCUAUGAUUCAAAGAAGGUGAAGAACAGUUCAAGAUCAAUAUUUAACUCCUAGAUUGGAACACCGUGGUGCUGUAGCAAGACAUCAAAACUGAAAUCUUACGACGAGAUUCUCAACUUCGAGAUUUUUCUGAACCUAUUGAAUCCAUUAGCGUUCUCAUUCACUUGGAGGUUGAAACAAGUUGGGGUGUCUACGGGCAAAAUAAUCUCCAAUAGCUCGAAAUCAAGGUGUUUACCAAAUGGAUACCAGAUGUACCAAACGUGGAUAGCUAAUGGGAACUAAAGAUCCCAUUUUUAAGUAUGUUACAUAACAGAUCAUACAUGGAGAUCGCACAAAAGAAUGAAGACCUCGAUCAAAGAAUUCUUUUGGACUUGAUUCUCAUUUAUUCAUAUUUUGAUCUACAUACAAAAUACUCUCAUUUGGCAAGACUUCUCAUGUUAUUGCAAAAUUUAAUUAA